AUGUAUAUGGCUGGAUGUUUGGUUGCGCCGUUUGUCUCGACCGCGGUUGCUUCCUCCUCCUCCUCGUCCGUGUCCUUGUCGGUGGGGCCGACAGCCAAGUGGAGUUUAUUUUACCUGGCGCCCCUGGGUCUGGGGGUGUUGAACUUGGGACUGGUCGUGUUUGCGUUUCGCGAUUCGCUGGGAUUGAAACGGCGGGCUAGCUCUACUGGAGCUGGAGCUGAAGGUGACGGAGCUAUCGAUACGGCGGCGUCAACCAGGGAAAGCAGUGCGGUCAAGGAGAUGUGGGCAACCUUAUCGCUGCCCAGCGUGUGGGUUUUGAGUUUGUAUUUCUUUUUCUUUCUGGGCGCGGUUAUCACCGCUGGUGGCUGGAUCGUCGAAUAUCUGGUUCAUGUUCGUGACGGCGAUCUGAACCAGAUGGGCUACGUGCCGGCUGGGUUCUACGGGGGUGCGUUUCUAGGACGACUGCUUCUAGCCGAACCGACGUAUCGGUUUGGUGAGCGGCGCAUGGUCUUUGUCUAUGUGUGUUUGUGUUUGGCGUUGGAGCUGGUCUUCUGGUUGGUGCCGAAUAUUGUCACCGAGGCUGUAGCGAUCAGUCUGUUGGGCUUUUUCUCGGGGCCGUUCUUUGCGACGGGCAUUUCUGUGGCGUCGAAGCUGUUUGAUGUUGGCAUUCGGUCCUCGGCUCUGGCGUUUAUCUUUGUCCUCGGACAGGUUGGUGGCUCGCUGUUUCCGGCCAUUACAGGGGUUAUUGCAGACAGGACAGGCGUCAAGGUCCUUCAGCCGAUCUUGGUCGGUUUGCUAGGGGCUACGGGGGUGACGUGGUUGAUGCUGCCGAAGAGCAGACUUCAUCAUGAAUAG